UCAUAUCUUAUUGACAACAACAGCACGUAGGAAUAAAUAAAAUGGCAGCUGCAGUUGGCUCAAAUGAGGCUCAAAUGUCUGAGUCAGAAUUGCCGAAACUUUCUGACUUAUUGGAUCGUGGAUGGAAGCUAUUCGAUGAUGUGGACAGCACAAACGAACCAACUGGAUCCAAUCAAAUACAGGUUAAAGUCAAGCGUGGGAUUAUGCAUUUGGAGGAAGCAACGCGAAUGGUAACCCAGCUCGACUUGUUCAGCCGAAAUGAAGAACUGGAAGAAAUUGCAACUGCAGAUCUGAAGUACCUGAUGCUACCUGCACUUCUCGGAGCCCUUACAAUGAAGCAAGUGAAUUUGGCAAAGCGGCUGGAGCAGGUCCAGAGUGCAAGGGUUUACUUUUUGGACUUCUUGAAAAGAUGCAAAGAAUACGGAAUGAUGAGUUUUGAACUUCCCAAAACAAACGACAGUUCUGCCGACACACCGGAGGAAGCAGAGAAUGGUCCAACACCAUCUUUCAACCCUCCAGAUUUGAUUGCCAUGGCAACGCAGAGACAAGCAAAAAUUGAAAGAUACAAACAUAAGAAAGACACAGAAGCCAAGCUGACAGAAAUCAGGUCUGUGGUAGAAAGUGGGAAAGCUGAGGAUGAAAUGGUUCGGGACUUCUACCUCCUCAAUGUCAGAAAAUGGAUUGUCAUUGCUUUGGAAGAAAUUGAGAGCAUUGACCAGGAAAUUCAGAUUUUGAAGAGAAUGGAUGCAUUUAAACAGAAUCCAGCCAAACCAUCACAGUCCCAGCAGAGGCCUCCAAUGAAGCCCUUCAUUCUCACUAAGGAUGCUGUUCAGGCUAGAGUGUUUGGUGCUGGCUAUCCCAGCCUCCCAACUAUGACAGUGGAUGACUGGUAUGACCAGCACAGGAAGCAUGGAAUGCUCCCUGAUCAGGGAAUCCCACGCAGUGCAGCUGAAAUUGACAAUGAGGAGCGGGAGAAGGAAGAGAAAGAGCGACAGAUUGAGAAUGACGAUGAGGAGGCUUUGCAGAAAGCUCGCGACUGGGACAACUGGAAAGACACCCACCGAAGAGGCUACGGCAACCGCAAAAACAUGGGCUGAUGCCUGUCCUGUUCAAAACGCCAUCUUUCAGAUGCACAGUAUUCACAAUGGUUUCAAGAAUUCCAAGACACGCAAAAUAAAUAAUUUUGAAUACACCGGUCAAGAGUUGCCUGUGGUGAAAUGUGGCAACAACCUGUAUUAAUGAUGCUGUUUUACCUUAGAUUAGACAAAAUUCCCCUGUGUCUGCUUACUUGAUAUUACUUCUUUGGCUGUAAUACAAUAUUGGGAAUGUAAAAUACUGGGUAUUUGUUCUUGAAAGUGGCAGGGGUUAGUCAAGGUUGGUAUGUCCUGUUUUCCUGAAGAUCAGUCUUUUGACACUUGGCCGAUUAUACAUUUGUUGGAAAAUCCCAUGUUUUCAAUCCCUUUGCAUUUCAAAGACGUAUUAUUCUUGUGCUUGAUGAAGACAACUUCAAAGACCCUAUGGUUUUUCUUCUAAAUUUCCCCUUUAUCUGAUCCCUGGUGUACUCCAUUUUGAAGCUGGGCAGUUGAGAAAUACAUUUAUUUUGUAAAUAUCAGUACCGCCAUUCGUGUUGCCAAAAUAUAGCGGAUAAACUUGGCUCUGCUGAAUGUGUCAACACAAGAAGUCAAAGUGUACUGCCGUGCAGGAUAUAAGGAUAUGUUAUAGUUUCGCUACUUGGGAGAAAUUGACUCCAUCUGUUAAGGCAUUUACUUGUGAUGUGGAUAUUCCCUUCUCUUGGUUAAAUCCAUGUUUAGUUUUUACCAGUUUAUUGUGAAUAGAUUCAUUGAAUUUACUCAUGUAAGUUGCAACGUUGUCAUAAAAAGUUGGCGCGGGUAUCCCAGUUUUAUCUUUUACGGCCUCUUCAAAAUGUCCAUGAGGCAGUUCUCUUACCCCUUAGAUAUGAUAAAGCAUUGUAUUCUCAUUUUGACAACUUAAUGAAAUCAAAUAUAAUCAUGGUUAACAAAGCCUACUUCUGAGCAUCGAAGCUGGUCAACCCAAUUAGCUUCAAGUGAACGGUCUUGAGGGAUCAGGCUAAGAAAGUGAUGUGAUACAGUAACACUUUGAAUCUUUAACAUUUCCCUUUAUAUCAAGAGGCCUUAAAUGGAUUCAUAGCUUCGUGUGAUGGAUGCCUCUGAGCCAAAAAAGAGACACAACUUUCUUUUAUGAAGAGAUUCUGCUUGUAUAAUAUAAAUAUGUAUGAUCUGUUUUCUUUUGCUGGUACAUAUUUGAGUUUAUUUUUGUGCAUUUUACAACAUGUAUUUUACAUUGUUUUGUGCAUUAAAGAGGUUACCCAAAUGUG